UAGUCUUUUAAUUAUUUCUUAAUUUAGUUAGUUACAUAAUUAAUUAUUUAUUUAUUUCUUAAUUCUAUAUUUCUAUUAUUACUUCAAUAUUAUCAAUCAUGUCUUCAUUUUUGAAAAAAGCCACAAAAAAGUUACUAAAGUGGCAAAAUCAUUGGGAGGUUCCAGUUCGUCCAAAAGAAAGGCCACUUCUACUCCGUCGGUAUCAACAACACCCUCCAUUAGUAAUUAUAAUUAUGAACAUAAUUAUCCGGAAGGGUACGACCCGGAGUUACAUAAUUAUGCAGAAGAAAUGGAAAGAGAAAUACAAAUUGAUGAAGAAGAAGAACAAGAAGAGGAACCAACGACCCCAAUUGGGAUAAAUAUAUCUCGACAGUCAUCAACAAGAUCACAUGAAGAACAAGGAGAACAACAACAACAAAGACAAGCUCGUGGUAAACGAGUCAAUUUCCAAACCAUCGAUGAAGAUGAACCAGUAAGACAACCUUUUCCGGCAAUGCCACCUCCUAGUGGUAGAGCUGUUUCACAUGUGUGGUCGUAUUUCACAAAAGAACCAACCGAGAAUCCAGAUAUGUUCCUAUGCACUUGUCAAAUUUGUGAAAGUCAAGGAGUAAAGCCCUUAGUUUCAUACAAUUUCGCCAGAGGUGGUGGAACGGGAUCUUUUAACAAACAUUUGGCAAAGAAGCAUGGAAUCACAAAAGAAACUCAUGCAUCAAGCGGCAGCGGGACCACAAGUGGAAGCCGACAGACACAAUGGGACAUUCCCAACACAGGUAGAAGAGUUUUGGACGAAAAGCGAUCUCGUCUUGCUCCACAUAGUAUUCAAAUAUGUGUUUGCAAGAAAGAUUGGGACCAAGCGGAGAUACGAACACAAGGACUAAGGAACGAUGAUGAUCAAGACGACGAUGAUGAUCCAUGGAUGAUGAUGGAUACAACUUCAUCAUCGUCAGGAGGAGAGUCAGCGGAAGCAUCUAAUCAAUGUCAACCACAUGAUGAUGACGAAGACGAAUAGGAUCAAUCCGACAAGCGACAACGAUGAAUCAACACUCAACAACUAUAAAUAAAAGGUAUGACAAAGAACUACGUGGGCUUUGAUUCCUUCGG